GGCAGUCUCGACUCGGCACAGUGAACAGUCGACAUAGGCUCAGUCGGCCGCGACAUUCGGUACGCGAUACGAUAGUGGAAAGCAUCAAGGUAGCCAAGUCGUGCGAAAUAACCGGCAUUGGAGACACGCGUCCAUUUUCAAAAUUCUAUAACCGUCACAAGAGCCCCGAGACGGACAAAGGUCACGGAUAUAAUAAAAAUUGCGUAAUAAUGCUCCGAAGGCUAUAGUCAAGUAAGAAAUGUUUGGAGGAACUUUUGACACGCAGUGAAGUAUCCAAACGAUAUUGCUGCAAAGAGGAUUUGGUCUGUGUGUCAUUGGUCUGUUUAUACCUUUUUCAUUUUCGGUCUUGUACGCGCCAAAGGGAUUAAAAAGGUGGGUUUCGUAGCGCGCGUCGUAUCAUUGGAGGUUAGAUUGUCAUUAUAUAAAGCGUGAAUAGUAUCGUAUGUUAAAUGGUACCGUCAUUAAUAAUAGAUGAGCGAAAGCGGUGUCAUCUCUGCGCGAGAGAAGAGGCAGUGGUAAUACACGGGCUAUCGUAGACAUGUUCUCUUGAGUGUACUUGUUACCUAUACGGUAGAGAUAGGAGUAGCACAUGGUGUAAGACAGAGUGAGAUUGAGUGAAGUUAAAGGGUGGGUGAGUAAGAGGAAAAGAGACGGAAAGACAGAGAUACGUAAAAUCGAGGAUACGGUAAGUGAAAAAAGAAAAAGAAGUGAAAAGGAAGUAAUGCAUGGCGAUGAUGUAACGUGGUAAAACACUUAUGAGAGACAGUGACAGACUAUUGUGUAUAACAAUGAACGUGAAGAUGAUGCUUCUACUGGCUACCGUGAUCGGGAUCCUAGCUGUGGAUCUUGAGGCUAAAUAUCAUCGUGACAACACAGGCCUGAGACAUCACAGACAUCAGCAUGACUCGCGUAAGAAUCAUGAAAUUGCUGAGAGACGAUGGGACGACCUUGAAUAUGAUGAUUCGGGGUACACCGCUGAUAAGGAUGAUGAUUCUUAUGAGGUAGAUCAUUAUAGGAAUACCUACGAGAGGAACUAUAGGGGAAGACAGAAGGAUUAUUAUAAUCGAUUCGAAGCUAGAUAUUCGCCCAGAAAUCAUCAUCAUCGAAAUCGAUGGUAUCAGGAGGACAAGAGAUACAGGAAUUCUUACUUGACGUCGCGUAGGAAUCAUCGAAAUCAUCCUGGUCGUGAUAGGAAGUAUUACCAUGGUUACAGGAAUCACGAUGAGUACGAUGACGAUUUUGAUGGCUACGAUAGAGCUCGAUACGAUGACGACGAAUACGAUACUGACGUGGAUGAGUCCCGGGAUGAUUAUUAUACCGGAAGGAGGUCUUAUGACAGGAACUUUCGUAAACAUAAGUUCGGUUAUGAUUCCAAUGAUCCUAAGGGACGUAGAAAAGAUUGGUAUCACAGAAUGAAUUCGGAUGACGACGACGAGGCGGACGAUUCCAAUGGUCGUCGCAAAUCUACCGGGAGCCGUCGUGGCGGCAAGAGAACGCGUGUUCCGGACGAUGACGAGAAGAAGGGUAGAGAAUUGGGCGAUCGGAGAAUCAGUGUGAAUUCAAAUGAUUCGACGGACACGAGUGAUACUGACAUUUGGAAUUAUCAUAAUUACAAUGAUAACGAUGCGGAAGAUCAGGACUCGGAUGAAGCUCUCGAGGAAGAAGACAGUAUUUGGAAGGAGGCUGAGAGCGAGGAGGAUGACGAUUUUGAUAACGAUUCUUCUAAAUCAGAGGCCAAAGCGCCUCUUCGGACUUUUGACGAUAUCAUCAAAAGAUUGACCUCGGAUGACCCCACUACGCCGGAACCCACGAUGAAGAGGGAGUACAGGAACAUCGAGAUAGAAAAGUACCUGAAACGUGACGCCUAUGGGAAUCUUAAGUACCAGUCAACGACCACCGUGAAGAGUAGCGAGGAGUCAUCGACCACCACCAGGAGUCCGUACCUGACGGCGUCUGUGUCGUCGACGGGAAAGAACGCUUCUGAAAAUAAGACCAGAUCGCCAAGUGUAGUGCUCGACCAUAAAGCCACCAACGUGAUCAGUGCAGUGGACAGCGAGAAGACCUACCUCAAGAAGAAGAGUAUAUCCAAGAUGGAGGAGAGUCAGGCAAAGACGAAGAGUCUCGAGCAGGAAUACGAGGACUAUGAGAAUGGCGCCGACAACGAGAAGGAGGAGGACCUCAUGAAAGUCGGUGUCGAGGAGGAUAUCGGUAUGCAGGCAGAUACGAACGUGGAUUAUUCCGACGAUGACAAUGUCGAGGAUGAUGAUGAAACUACACCGGCUACGACGAGUACCACGAGCACCACGACAACGACCACUACCACGACCACUACACCAAGGCCCAGCGUUCCUAGACAGCGUUACGAACGUCAGGGCUCAAGGGCGUACCAAGCUGCCAACGGGCCCCAGUAUAAUGGCUACAAAGCAAAAAGCGAAUAUCCACCUAUGUCAGAUCAUAGUAAACACAAGUGGCAAUUCCUUGGGACGGCAGACAGCGUGCGGGAGACUCGUAGGAAUAUGCAGCAGUACAAUGCAAAUGGCAAAUCUGCCGAGAUACAUCAGGCCAUUCAACACGCCAUCAAGGUCUCCAAGGAGGCUAGCUGUCAAUGGCCACGUGCUAGGGUCAUUCCGGUACACGACGUGUACCCAAAUCCGUCCACCACGUACAGUCCUCAUUGUGCAAUAUUGCACAGGUGCAGCGACGACACAGGCUGCUGCAGAUCCGAAGCGCUUACCUGCGUGCCGAAGCACAGUCAUCGCGUAGAGCUAUACUUUUACACGACCAAUAUCGGUAGAGAAAACGUCGUGAAGAAGCUGUCAUUCUACAAUCAUACCGAAUGCGAGUGCCGUGAGAAGAGCGAAUACGAAGGCACGAACGAUAAAUCGUCCGAGACGUCAUUUUGGAAACAGUCGACCUCAGCGCCACCACAGAAUAUUCGAAGACCGCCACAAAGAAAACCGUGCCGGUGUCCCUCGGAAUUCACGCCGAGAAUUACUCCAGAGGGCGAGUGUCUGUGCAACUGCUUUAAAAAUGAUCAGAACUGCAUUAGCACGAGGAGAGGAAAAAGUUAUUUUUCACUUAGAGAUAGACUGUGCGUGCAGAAUAAAGAGUGUGCACCGCCUGUCUGUGAAUUUGGCGAGUACAUGAGCAGGCAGGGAAAAUGUCCGUUGAAAAAGGAUAUAUUCGACGCCGUUGCGAAUUACCAUGCGAAUCUCAGCCCCAGACACAGAAGUUAAAGAGAAGAAGGAAGAGAAAUAGCAAUUGACGAGAAACGAUGGUGCCAUUAUUAAAGUGCCUUUAUCAGAGACUAUUAUAUCGUUGUAAUCGAAGCCUUACGAUAUACAUAUAUUUUUUUCCUAUUUUUUCUCCCUUUAUAAUUAAACGCGCGGAACAACAGUCAGCCAUCGAACCUCGCGGUCAGAAACGUGACAGCGUCCGAUUGAUCUGUCAGCGGGUUAGUCCAUGGCCAACUGCCAAAAUCGCGUGUGUAGAUCUGAGAGGCCGUGAUCAGUUGAUAAUUAAUUAAUUAUCAAUAUUCAAAAAUAGAUGUAUUGAAGUAAACUCAGCCUGAAUACAGUAAACGUUUGCGAAGUCCUCGGACCCGAGAGCCUAGUCUGAGGCCCUGUUUGAAUCCAGCGAGUAAUUCUUCAAUCUGACAAAUUCAUCAUCCUGAAAAAUUAAGCAGAAAGGCAAUCUUAAAACAUAUAAAAUUAUAAAUACCCAGAGUCUCUUGUACGCAGGAUUGAAACAGGUCCUUAAUAAAUCCACCCUAUACCUAUAUAUCCUACCUUGUUUAUUUUUUUUUCUAUUUUCUUUUUUCACUGUAUCGUUAUGACCCGUAUUGUAUUUAAUCAAACAUUAACCGCCAACUUUCAUUAAUUUAAUAUUUAAUCCCUAGCCCUUAACCACUUUGCGAUUAGAUUAAUUACGACAAAUAGGUGCGAACUCCCGGCCGUGUACGAAUACUUCGACAGUGGAAUGUCACGUGUACUUUCUUUUUAUCCCAGUGUAUAAAAAAUUAUUCAAAAAUGAAAUUAAAAAAACUUUAUAAUAAUAGACCGAGAAUUCGUUCCACGCUCGACUCUUCUUACGCGAGCCAGACAAGUGGCUGCCACCAAUACGAAUAAUUCACAGUGCCAAUUAUUUCGUAGCUAAUAGAGAGUAGGUCGAUGAAUUAAUCACCACAUAAUUAGGAAACUAUAUGGAGUAUGAGUAAUCAUAGAAUUUGUUACUACCACUAUAGAAAGUAGUUGCAUCCACUUUUAUUGUUUCUUUUAAUUCCCACGAGAGACAAUACACGAAGAAACCAAUCCCAGUAUAACGUAACGAUCCUUGUAUCAUUUAUAAAAUGGUUGAUAAGCCGGUCGUCGUUCAAUCGACUGUUUUAUUGAGCCCAUGUGUAAACGUGUUUUUUACGCUUUUAUAUAUAUGUGUAUGUAUACAUAGAAUCAUUGAUUAAUCAAUUCAUUUACGAGAGAGACAGUAGGUGAGAAAGAGUGGGAGAGAAAGAGAUUGAGAGAAAAUGUGAGAGAGAAUUUAUGCGAAUUGCCUAUAAGUGAACGUUCAAUUGUUAUUAUUAUAUUGACGAAUCAACAUCGAUGCAGUUCGCGGCCAUUCACGACAAUCAAUACAAUCAUCAUUGUAUUAUUAUUAUUAUUAAUAUUAUUAUUAUUAUUAUUAUUAUUAUAUAGUAGCUUGUUUAGGCACUAGCUAUUAAAUAGAUAGUAAUAAAAUGUGAAGUUGUAUAGAAAA